GACGAGUGGUCGUAAUAGAGCUCCGGUCGACCACUUACGGGAAAGACUCAACGCACGAGGAUCUUCAUGCUCCAUCAAAUGGCUCUUUCCAGUGCCAGUCGCUACUCUACCUCCAACUAGGUCGCUUAGGGCGUAUUUUCUGUGAUGGCCAUUGCGGUUACACUCGAGUCCGCUGGGUUGGGGGCCGAGAUCGAAUGACUACCCCAGUAUAAGAGAGUCGGGAUCACUCAACCAAAAGUAAUACGAGGAAAAGGACUUGACAUGGGCACGGAACUGACCCCGCCAUGGCAUGUAUAAGUCGAGGUCAGCCCACCUCCUCGCCCUGUCCAUACCUCUAUCUACCUCUACGCUGAAGCAGCCCAUCAUGGACCCAAAAAAGGAUGAAGCAAAGGCCGAACCCGAGCCCGAGCAGCCCUUGGUCCCCACACUCACCAAAAUUACAGAUCCCAACAACGUCUUCUACACCGAUGAAAACGGCGUCAAAUACCAUGUAUGCCUCCCGCGGUCAGGCGAACACCUCAAGACUGCCGAAGCCAACUUCAUGUCAUACACGGACGAUAAGGGCGUCUACAAGGAAAUUUACCUCCCACAGGGCACCGUGCAAACGGCCUGGGACCACCUGGAGAAUGAGCGAUGGGACGAGCUGGCCAAGUUUGAGCCGUACACGGGUCAGGGAUAUACCGAGGAUGAUUUCAAGGCGUUUGAGGAGCGUCUUGAACGACGACGACGUGAAGGACGAGAGAAGAUGUUGUAGAGUGUACCUCUAGGUACCUACCUGGGGAAGGUUCCACUUGUCAUCCAUUGCAGUG